UCUGUAAAGCUAGCUGUACGUGGAGCUAGCAUUAGCACGCUAAGCUAAUGUGUAUGCAUAUGCUAGCUCGGCUAGUCAGCGGGGUGGCCAUUGAUUGUUUGCGUUCAGCUUUCUUACUAACUACAGCUCCAAAAGGUGCAUCCGUUCCCACAAAGUGUGAGCAACGCAGGUUAUGUGACACGCACCCUUUGAAUGCACCACUAUUUCCCAGCUCUCGAUAGAUCAGAAGCCAGCAGAGAUGGAGGGUUCAAGCAGAGCUGGAGUUUUUCCCUCUCCGCUGCCCAUCAAGAGGAGAGGAGGAACGAUCCUUCCCUGGUGACCAUGGAUCAAGUGGGUGGGCAGCAGGAACUUUCCCCUGAAGGGGUGAAGCAGGCGCCCCCUCUGAGGCACUUUGACCUCAUGGAGCCUAUGAAGACGUACGAACGGCGGCCAAAUCAUUUCAAGUCCCUGACCAGAAUGGGAACGGGCAAGCCCAGUGAAGCCCCGCACGCGAUGGCCAUUUCCCCACUACCCAACAGAACCAAUUAUUUAAUUAUGAGUCCAGCGCCAUCUCAAGGAGUGGUAGUUCAAGGAAGGCUGUUUCAACACACUCAUCUCCCCUCUCCUGUUAGAAAGCCAGUCCAAAGCAACCUUGACUUGAAAGAAAGAUCUGACUUCACCACCCAAAGAGCAGAGCUAGACAAAAUCAUUCUCACCUGCCCAGAGAUUUCAGACUCGGAGUCUCUGAAUGUAAAGAGAUGCACCCAGCCGAGGAGGCGGCCGAUGUUCGAAAGCACGGCAGAGUCGUUGCAGCCGGACGAGUACUUCACUGUGUGCGGAAAGUGUGGCCGGCGAAGUGAAGACCACACAAAGUGUGAAAGCUGCGGGAACCCACUGCCUGCUGAAGUGCCCCUUCUGCCUGCUGUCCCCUCCUCACCUGCCCCUCGAGUGCCUGUACGCUCCCUUCCCUCUCCCGGCUCUCCCAGCGUCACUCAGCUCAGCAAGAGCUUCUACGGUGUGGCGUCUGGCGGGCGCGCUACCCAAGCCGAAACGGCUAUGAACCCACCAGCACGCAUUACCCGCGGGGGUCUGCUGCUGCCACACAAUGGCGCUAAGCUAACCGUGGGGAAGAGGCAGCCUUUGGCCAAGCAGCACGAACUCAAUGACCCCAUCGUACUGUCUAGCGACGAAGACGACGAGGCUGACAGUUCUAGCACGGGCAGCGUAAACCGGUUGGACAGUGUCUCUCCGAGGCCUGCCGACUCCGCCCACUCCUCCCCAGCGCCUUCCGGCGGCAGAGUGGAAGCGGCCGUUAAAGAGGUCGCAGAACAGGAAGAGCACGCUUGCGAAUUCUUCAACGACGUGGACCACAGGAGCGUGGCACCUCGAAGGAACCGCUUAAAAGAUCCACAGUUUCGAAGCGUGUGCGAGGACCCGUCGCCAUCUAAGAAGCGGAAAUUGGGACAGGUGCCGAAGUUGGAGAGCAUUAUUCUGGAGUGCAGGAGCGUACGGAUAGGAACUCUGCGCCGGAUGGUCACCAAACCUGUCAUUUUCACAGUAGAGUAUAUACAGCUUGAGACGGAAGUAUCUAAGUCCAAUUUUAUACACGGAGCAGGUGUGGGUUUUGAUUCCAGCCAAAUAGGAGACCGAACUGUGAAAUCAGGUCAGGAGGUCGACGUGCUGGAGAAGGUGCGUCUGAGGUCGUCGGAGCUGACGAGCUGCGAAUGGUGCAGCGUUCGGAAGCUGCCCGUCCUAUUUUUCCAGACCAGUGACAGUGAGUGCCAGCGCCUGCGCACCCAGCUCCAGAUGUCCCAGGAGAGCGGCGGCCUGUGGUACGACUGCAGCGGCGAAAACUUGGAUGAGAAAUACAUAGUGUUGAUUUUCGAGAACGGCCUCUCGAUGCAAGAGCAGAUGAUUUUAGAAGACAUCCUGGUUGAGAUUGGCCGAAACAACAAGCUCACGCGCUUUCCUGCUAGACUGACCUUUGACGAAGCCAACGUUCGACUGGUUCAAUAUAACAAAGCAACAAAAGAGAAGGAAAAGGCAAAAGCUCAGAAAGCCAAAUUGGUUUCUCCCUCUACAACGUCUGCCACGACUGCGACAACAGUAAAUGUCUCCGUCACCACGGCAACAGCGACGGCAACGGCAAGCGCAGUAACCGCAACCCCAGCUGCGUCGACAGAGAUGAUAGUCCAGACCCGAUUCUCCACUCACCUCCACGGGAUCUACGAUGAAGAUGAUGAUGAGGAUAUGGCAGAGCUGCAGCCUACUUUCACAGGCCCCAUCGUCAAGUUGAUAGUGUAUCCCCCUCCUCCAGCUAAAGGUGGAAUCUCUGUGACCAACGAAGACCUUCACUGUCUAAACGACGGGGAGUUUCUGAACGACGUCAUCAUAGACUUUUAUUUAAAGUAUCUCUUCAUGGAGAAGUUGAAAAAGGAGGAUGCAGGCAGAAGUCACGUUUUCAGUUCCUUCUUCUACAAGAGACUCAACCAGAGAGAAAGGAGAAGUGCACCGGACACAACUAACCUUCCAAUACAGAAGAGGAAGCACAAUCGGGUAAAAACAUGGACGCGACAUGUGGACCUUUUUCAGAAGGACUUCAUCUUUGUUCCCAUCAAUGAGUCAGCACACUGGUAUCUUGCAGUGAUCUGCUUCCCAGGUUUAGAGGGACCCUGCAUGGAGCCCAAUCCUCAUUAUCAGCCCCAGACACAGUCCCAGGCCCAGGCUUCUUCCCCAUCUGAGAUCGGGAGCUCCGUCCUAAGCGAAGGAGGCAUCGAGGAGCCCUCGCCUCACACAGAGCCCCUUUCCUUUAACCCAGAGGAGGUUAAUACGGAAGCUGAGGGACAGGACGUAAGCCACUCGAGUAUGCCGUCCUGUCCACACCGACCCCCAGAGCACAGCUGCACUCACAACCAAAGGGUCAACGGACAGGUUCAAUCACAUUACACAGAUGCUUUGCGAAGAAUCAGUGUGUGUUACAGCAGUGAAGAUCCUGGCACCUUCUCUGAUGACCAAAGCUCCUCUCAUGACGAGUGCAGUGAGGACGGAGCUCUGGCGGACGACACUGCAACGUCGGAGAGCAUGGAGUGGGCAUCCAAACCUACCAUCUGCAAACAACCUUGUAUCCUCAUCAUGGACUCGUUGCGAGGCCCUGCCAGAUCUACAGUGGUGAAGACAUUGCGAGAGUAUCUGGAGGUAGAGUGGGAAGUGAGGAAGGGCAACCAGAGGAGUUUUGGGAAGGACUUGAUGAAGGGCUCGAGCCCGCGGGUGCCACAACAGGACAACUUCAGCGACUGUGGCGUCUACGUGCUGCAAUAUGUCGAGAGCUUCUUUGAGAACCCUGUGCCAAGCUUCCAUCUCCCUAUGAAUUUAUUGGACUGGUUCCCCCAGCAGCGGAUGAAGACUAAACGGGAGGAGAUCAAGGAGCUCAUUCUAAAGCUCCAGUCCCUACAAAAGUUGGACCGGGAGAACUCUGGGCAGGACCUGGGCGUCGGAGAUGUCUGCGACGACCUGGACAUUGGAGACGCCUUAGAGUCGGCCGACCUCAUCCCACCAAUCAGUUCAUGAACUCCAGCCCCUUGCUGCUAUAGCCCUUCUUAUGAAAGGGUCUUGUUGGCGUCGCCCACCUCCCCCCCCCCCCCCCCCCCCCCCCACUCAUGGCGCCGACGGCUAGUCGGGGCCUUCAACAUGAUCGUACGCUGCUGGACGAUUCUGCCGUGACAACAACUGUUUCCGUUUUUUGGGGGUUUUUUUUUCUCCUUCGUUAACAAAAGAGCAAAGAGACUUCAUUUGUAUUAAAGAAAACAUGUAUAUAUGCUGAACAGUUUUUUUGUUUUGUUUUGUUUGUUUGUUUGUUUGUUUGUUUGUUUUUGCUGACUUGUGAAUUUGACCUCUCAUGAUCUCGUCUCUCACUCUUGCACCAAGUUUAAAGUGUUCAUUCAUCUGUCGUCUUCAUGAAGGACACAAACAGCCCUGACCUCCCCACGAGCCUGAACAGUAACUGUUUAAUGUUCCGUUCUGUCUGUGCUUCCACUCGAGCGUUUCACCACACAAAACAGUUUGUUGUUUGUAGGCUAAGUAUCCAAAAACAUCUGGAUUUAUUAUUAUUAUUUAUUUUUUUUUUAAACCAACCUACAAAACAUUUUUUGCUUCUAUCAUGGCAUAACACCGUUGCUAGUCAGUGCCUGUCAGAGCUUUAUACAAUAUUACCACAUGUAAAAGGACCUCAUUUUCAAUAUUAAAACUAUUUGAGAUGCAAGAGUGCACAUCUGCCUUAGUUCAUACAGAUAUAAGCAUUCGAAAAGGAGGGUCAUGAGUGCUCUUUUCUAUUCCUUACUGGUCUGCAAUAAAUAUAAUAUAAUUACAUAAUAAAGUGAGUAAAAUGGAUAGUAAGUGACGACGGGCACCUCUGUUUAUUUUUCUGUAAAUGCUUCACACUGGAUCCUAAAUACUCGUACAUUAAUUACUGUAUUGCGUCAUACGUGUGUCCAUAUGUGGUUUAUUAUUAAAUUACUUGGUAUUCAAUUAACAA